AUGUCCACUCAGGUUAAGUAUCGACAGGUUGGCAAGUCUGGUCUUCGUGUGUCCAUGCCCGUGCUGGGAUGCAUGGGGUUUGGCAGUCCCGAAUGGAUGAAUUGGGUCCUUUCUGAAGAGCAGGCCUUGCCCAUUCUCAAGGCCGCUUGGGACUUGGGUAUCAACACAUUCGACACGGCCAACUUUUAUUCCAAUGGAGAAUCCGAGAGGGUAAUCGCAAAGUUCCUUGAAAAGUACAACAUUCCGAGGGAGAAGGUUGUCAUUAUGGAUAAAAUCUACAACCUCGUCUCUGAGCACGACAUUACCGUUCCAGCACCUUUCGUUCCUGAUCUGUGGAAUCAGCGCGAUUUCGUCAACCAGGGCGGAUUAUCGCGCACUGCUCUAUUCAAUCAAGUCGACAAGAAUCUAUCGAGACUCAACACGACAUACAUUGACUUACUGCAGGUCCAUGGCUUCGAUCCAAAUACGCCAUUAGAGGAGACGAUGAAGGCAUUGCACGACAUUGUCAGUUCCGGGAAGGCUCGUUACAUCGGGGCCUGUAACUUGCGCGCAUGGCAACUUGCAGAAAUGAACAACAUCGCCUUGCGCAAUGGCUGGACUCCUUUCAUCAGCAUGCAAGUAGAGCAUUCGCUUCUGUACCGGCCCCACGAAGAAGAGUUGUUUGUGUACUGCAACCUCAGGGAUAUUGGCAUUUUCCCAUUUUCUGUGCUAAUGGAUGGACACCUUGCGAGACCGGAAGAGGCGGACACUGCACGAUCCAAGUUUGCUAAGGGGACGCCGUUCGACAAGAAACGCAGAGACUCAGACAAGGAAAUCAUCAAGAGAGUACAACUACUCGCAGGAAAACGCGGAUGGCAGAUGAGCCAGGUUGCCAUUGCUUGGUCCAGUGCAAAAACUUCCAGUCCGAUUAUUGGCGCGAAUUCGAUCGCGAGACUGAAUGACAGCAUCACGACGGAUAAAACGCUGACAGACGAGGAGAUCAAGUAUCUGGAAGAGCCGUAA